CACAUGUCUCGUCCAUUUCAAACCUUACGCAUAUUUUAGAGCGCGAGCUACAAUGAUCGACUCAAUGAAACUCUGAACUCAGUACCGUUCUCGAUAGCCGGAUACUCGGUUGAAAUGAGUUCGUUUUCGAUAGACAGUAUUCUCGCCCUUGAGGAGAGCAAGUUUGGAAGAACGCAGGGAAACAAAAUUCGCAAAAAUGUAACCAGCCUGAGCCUUGAAGAACUGCGACAUCAAGAGAUCGGUACGUCCAAGAGUGAAGAACGUAACAGCAGUUCUCCAGAUUCAAGUCCAGCUCGUGGAACGGAAAAAUCUUACGAAGCUGAUUCCACAGCGAGACUCGAUGAAGAGGAUUUUAUCAACGAAAACGAAAAUGACCCUGAAACGGAAAUUCCCAACACCAAAAAGCGAAAACGAAGAGUGCUAUUCUCCAAGGCGCAGAUCUUCGAACUUGAGAGACGCUUUAGACAGCAGCGGUACCUUUCUGCGCCAGAACGGGAGCAGUUAGCUCGACUUAUAAACCUCUCUCCGACGCAAGUCAAAAUAUGGUUUCAGAACCAUCGGUAUAAAUUCAAGAAGCAAAUUGGGGAUAAAGGACAUCUUGCGAGCGAGGCCCUGCCUUUCAUGAGCCCGAGACUUGUUCCUGUCCCCGUUCUAGUACACGAAGGCCAGCCUUGUUAUAGACAUAGAACUGUAGCCACUCCAAGGCAGGAAUUCAGUAAUGGCUUCGCCGGUUAUCCUCCAGUGCCUUUCCUGUACUCGAGCACCGCUGUAUACAAUAAUCGCUUCUGGGGCUUUUCUUAGAUUAGGGUAAUGCUUCAGUAAAUAGCGUUCAAGUUGGUUAUUUUGACGCUACUAACGCAACCGAAGACCUAAUCCCGUUCGUGUUUAUACAACUUAGCUGUUACUCUAGGGGUUAAUAUUUUGUAUUCCAUUCAACAUGAGACGUUUGGUGUAAUACCUUUAUGAUUAUCGCUUUUUAACGUUCAAAAUUUGCCAGAUGAAUCUGUGAUGAAACAGAACAGUCUGUGUUCUUAAGCUGGUGGCCAAGUUUACUCUGAAAAAGCUUUAGGGUUUAAGCUUCGUUUGAAGAGUUCUUGAAGUUACGCCAUGUGCAAUACUAGCUUAUGUACAAAAGAUUACCGGUCAUAUCUAUUUGUAUUCCCGCUCAUGAAAUACUUCAUUCUCUGCCGACAAGGACUCUAGGAACAGAAGCGUUAAGAUUUUCACCAUAGGCGCGAAACGUUUGAUAAAUCCUCACUGCUGGAUGUUUAAUGUUGAGAGUUUUAAUGUCUUCGAGUCAAAGCUCUGUGACAACGGUUUGGGUUAACAUAGAAUUGCAAUAUUUGCCGAGAUCUUGGCAAACAAGUUGUAUAUGAUCUUAAGAUUUCGUAAUCUACUAAGUAAUAUGUAAGAGCCACUGACAAACUCAGGGAUUAGGAAAUCCUUUUCUACUGGCCAUUAAAUAACAAUAAACUUCUCAGUGUACGAAAAGAAAUCAACCGGACGCACUUUGCGCCAACAAAGAAAAGCUUUUUCUUUGUUGUCAGUCUCCUUUGCGUGGGUUUCUUGAGACAUGAUCAACGUCUAUUAUAGGAUCUCAAACCUCGUUGGAAAAAAAAAGGAUAUAAAGAUGUUGGGAACGUGAUGUUAUCUUUUUAGGCGGAGCGUUGCGGCGAUUCUUAAGCUCUACGUAUUUUCGCGGUAAGAGGGAUAAGUAAUGAUAAGAGUGCAUUCGUUAUAACCUUGGUCCGUAGAGAUUGGCGCGGAACUCUAUCUUAAGUGCCAAGCGCGGCCUUCAUCUCUACUGUCGCUUUAAAAUAGAUUUGCGACACGGUUUGAAAUUAUCUUUCGCGGAGGCUGCUUUAUUGACCAAAGCUGGGCGAGCGGGAAAACGAGAGAAAGACCUUUUCUUCAAGGGGUGUGUUGGGCAUUACGCGCAAUAUUCAUAUCGAUGUCAACAACCAUUGUUUGACACCCAAGGAAAAUUUCCAAAUUUGCAGCUUAACGCCAGUGUUUACAGAGCUCUGGUUUGCGUUAAAAUGAUUAACAAGGAGUUAAUCUUUAAAAUUGAGUCUUCAAGGCCAGAUUUAAGCGAUUACGCUUUGAAAAUUAGAGACAUUUUAGAAUUCCAAUGUCGCUAAGUAUUUUCAAAAGGCAGCUACUUACAGUAUUGACAGAAAAAUAGUAAAUAAAGAAAUACAGUUAAAAGUAA